CUGAAUAUUCUUUCAUCUUCUUUACCAUGAUGAGCAGCUACAGUACAUAUGAUUUUUUGGAUUGUUGGUCAGUCCAUAUACACAUUUGUAGAUUGCUAAGACAUCUCAAAAAGAGUAGACCUACUCCAGACUUGAACAAUUUACCAUAUAGCAUUCAGAGAGUAGAUUGUAGGAUGUAAUAAAACAAACACUACUUUUGAGAGAGUGUUGGUCCUAUUUAUUUUGUCAAUGACAUUUAUUUUUUCUUAUGAAUAAUUUCAAUAGCAUAGUUGACUAAUACUAGAAAUUUUCAUUAUUUUGUUCUGUUCUUUGCUUUUCAAUCAACAGGAUCAACAACUGGAUUUGGAACCUGUUGAGGAUCAGGAAACUUUUGAAAUUCAGGUUGAAUCAUUAAUGCAAGCACUCUUAAUUAUCAUCGUGGGAUACAAGGAGGACAUACUAGCCUUGAAUGACGUUAUAACAAUGAUUGUAGACCUCUUAUACCAACAAGAAUCCUGAAGGAGUAGUAAUGGCAGGAAGAGUUACAAGAUCAAAAGGAAGAAAGUGUACACCAGGAAAUUAUGAGAAGUACCUGGGGAACAAAUAUGAAGACCCAGAAGGAUUUGAACCAAAGUUUCUCAACUCUGAAGUUGGACAUGGAUUAUUUGCUGUUAAAGACUUCCCGAAAGGUGCAUUUCUACUGGAGUACAAGGGAGAGACUAUAAGUGAGCAAGAAGCUGGGAGGAGGGAAUAUACAAGUCACCACAGCUACCAAUUUUUCUUCCAGCAUGAGGGUAAAACAAUGUGCAUUGAUGCAUCUGACACCAACCAUUUAGCUCGUCUUGUGAAUGAUAGUGCUCCAUCAAAACGCUCUUGCAAUGCAAGGAUGAGAAAGAUCAUUAGCUGUUCUGGAACACUACAUUUGUGUUUAUUCUCUCUACGUGAUAUUGAGCAAGGAGAAGAGAUUCGAUACGACUAUGCUGCGAAAGGUCUCUCAUGGAGAAAAAAAGAAAAACUAUAUAACAAGAUAGCAUUGAGUGUAGAUUCCAGGAAUGAAGAUGAUGGGAACUAUGAAACUGUACUGGAUUCUGAAGACGAUGGUGGCUUAAAUUCAGGGUUAUCAAAUUUCAAGAGAUUACAGCAUAUAAAUGAAGCCAUUAUUGAAUGCUGUAAUGGUAAGAAUGACAAAGGGAAGGCAUGUAUCAAAGAAUCUGGAUAUAAAUGCAGAGAUGAGAAUGAACAGGGUGGUUCAGCAGCAUCUAGAGGCAGAAAUGAAGAUGAACCAGGCAUUUUGACACCAUUGGAGGAUGUUAUUCACACUGAUCCUGAAUUUGCACCAGAUUCAGGAGAUCGAGAUAAACAAGAUCCUGAUGUUGCACCAGAUUCAGGAGAUAGAGAUAAACAGAAUCCUGAUGUUGCACCAGAUUCAGGAGAUAGAGAUAAACAGAAUCCUGAUGUUGCACCAGAUUCAGGAGAUAGUGGUAAACAGGAUUCUGAUGUUGCACCAGAUUCAGGAGAUAGAGAUAAACAGGAUCCUGAUGUUGCACCAGAUUCAGGAGAUAGAGAUAAACAGAAUCCUGAUGUUACACCAGAUUCAGGAGAUAGAGAUAAACAGAAUCCUGAUGUUGCACCAGAUUCAAGAGAUAGAGAUAAACAGGAUCCUGAUGUUGCACCAGAUUCAGGAGAUAGAGAUAAACAGGAUCCUGAUGUUACACCAGAUUCAGGAGAUAGAGAUAAACAGAAUCCUGAUGUUGCACCAGAUUCAAGAGAUAGAGAUAAACAGGAUCCUGAUGUUGCACCAGAUUCAGGAGAUAGAGAUAAACAGAAUCCUGAUGUUGCACCAGAUUCAAGAGAUAGAGAUAAACAGGAUCCUGAUGUUGCACCAGAUUCAGGAGAUAGAGAUAAACAGGAUCCUGAUGUUGCACCAGAUUCAGGAGAUAGAGAUAAACAGAAUCCUGAUGUUGCACCAAAUUCAAGAUAUAGAGAUAAACAGACCCCUGACUGUACACUAGAUUCAGCAGAUGAAGAUAAACAGACUCCUGAUGUUGCACCAGAUCCAGCAGAUGAUGACAAUGAUGAUGACUUUGCACCAGAUUCAGCAGAUGAUGACAAUGAUGACUUUGCCCCAGAUCCAGUAGAUGAUGAUGAUAAAGAUUCUGACUUUGCACCAGAUUCAGCAGAUGAAGAUGACAGUGAUAGUACUGACUUUGCACCAGAUUCAGCAGACGAUUGGGACAAUGAUACUGACUUUGCACCAGAUCCAGUAGAUGGAGAUAAACAGGAUCCUGACCUUACACAAGAUUCAAGAGAUGCAGGGCAUUCUGUCACUGUGAUAAACACGCAAGAUCCAUCUACUGUAGAUGAGCAGCCAACAGUUAUGUGCACAGACAAUACAAAUGGAAGAAAAUACAACAAAGGGACAUAUUGCCCAUUUUGCCAACGGUAUGUUAUGAAAUUUCCAAGACAUUUAAGGGAGUUUAAGGCACAUAAAAAUGAACCCCAAGUUGUUGAAUGGUUAGCAACACAAGACAACAAGUUGUUAACAAAGAUGCGAAACUAUGGCAACUUCCUUCACAAUGCAGAGGUGCUAAAAAACAAGGAAGGUGUACUGAUACCAGUAUACCGACCCAACAAAAAAGAUGCUGACUGUGAUAAAUAUGUACCGUGCAAUACCUGCUAUGGCUUUUUUGCAAAAAGAGACCUGUGGAAGCAUAGUUGUGUGUUUGAUGAGAAGACAGAUGAACCAGUCAGGAAGCGCAUGCGAAGAAAUCGUGUCAAAGCUGGUAAAAUGAUGUUACCUUUUGAGGGCUCCGAGGCAGUUCGUGCUAUAUUUGCUGGAUUGAGAGAUGAUGAGGAAGGUGUUGGAAGCUUCAUUAAGAAUGACCCUCUCAUGAAGAAAUUGGCUGACAAGUUUGCUCUCAAGUUGGGACAUGAUAGUGAGCAGUAUAAUCACAUCCGAAAUAAAUUGAGAGAGGUUGGAAGAAUGGUAUUACAAUACAGACGAAAAACGAAGAACAGUACUACAUCUUUGGCUGAUUUAAUUGACCCGAGCAAGUUCAGAGAUGUGGUGGAGGCUACAAGAACAGUAGCUGGGUUUGACGGGAAGAGGCAUUUGUAUGUCACUCCAAGUUUAGCACUCAAACUUGGACAUACCAUGAAGAAGGUCUGUAAUAUAUUGCUAGCAGAAGGUAUAAUGGCAGGUGAUAAGGUCCUUGAGGACAGAUGCAAUAACUUCUCCAAGCUCCUGGACAUGAACUGGCAUGAGCAGGUUUCGUCCCAUGCCCUACGCACACUUACGCAAAACAAGAGGAACAACCCCCAAUUCUUGCCAAUAACAACUGACAUUCAGACCCUGGCAUCAUUCCUGAAGAAAGAAAUGAAACAUGGGAAACAAAAUCUACUCAGUGAUCCAUCGAACAUUCAGCAACAUUGGAAACAUCUGUCUGAAGUUACCCUGACUUUAUUGUUGGUAUUCAACCGCAAGAGAUCAGGGGAGGUUUCUAAGAUGAGAGUAGAAGACCUUCAUAAAUGCAGAAAAGGUUCUGAGGGCCUAACUCUGUUGGAAGGCUUGUCAAAGUGGGAACAAGAACUGUGCAAGAUGUUAUGGCGCAUAGAAAUCGUAGGGAAGAAGGGCCGCACUGUUCCUAUGUUGCUAACUGAGGUAAUGAAGGAUAGCUUGGAUCUACUCAAUCACAACAGAGAGAAAGCUGGGGUUUUGGAUGACAACAAAUUUGUCUUUGCAAUGUUGCAUAGCAAUGGACACAUCAGAGGAUGUGAUACUCUUCGCAAGCAUGCUGAUCUUUGUGGAGCAAGUAGACCAGAGUUUCUUAGAUCAACAAGACUUCGGAAGCAUAUAGGAACAGUCUCUCAACUGAUGAAUCUAGAACGGAAUGAGGAAGACAUCCUUGCAAAGUUCUUGGGGCAUGAUAUUCAUGUUCACAGAGAAUACUAUCGUCUACCAGACGAGACUUUACAACUGGCCAAGGUUUCAAAGGUUUUGCUGCAGUUAGACAGUGGAGAUCUAAGUUGUCUGAGUGGAAAGGGACUUGAUGACAUCCAGUUGGAUAAAGGGGAAGAGGUAAUUUUGGAAGACCCUCUUGAGCCAAAUGAUGACAAUGAGAAUAUUGCGGAUGUCAGUGGUUGUUCCCCUACAACAUCAUCUGAGGAAAAGGUCAUCGAGUACACACAGGACCUACAGAAGACAAGACGCAAAUUACAGAAGAGAGGUUGUUCCCCUACAACAUCAGCUGAGGAAAAGGUCAUCGAGUACACACAGGACCUACAGAAGACAAGACGCAAAUUACAGAAGAGAGCAGGCCCCAAGAGAGUGAAAGCAGUACCUGAAAAGUUGAGUACCGGUAAGAGGAAUCAGAUCAAGCGACCCUGGACUCCUGACGAAAAAGCUGCUGUCCAUGAAACCUUUCACCGUGAGAUUUUCCAAAACAGACUUCCAGGUAAAGGUGUGAUUCAGCAAUGUCUUAACAAAAAGGCAGUUCUUCACAAGCGUACUUGGACGCAAGUUAAAGACUUUAUUAGAAAUUAUCUAAAAUACAAGGGGAAUAAAGGAUUUCUGUAAAAGGAUUUCUGUAAAAGGAUUUCUCCUGUGGUGCAUUUGUGACUUGCUUUUAAUUUUGAGGUGUUGGGUCAUGUACAAUUAUAGAUUCUCCCUGUAUCCUCUCUGCACCAAUACUGGAUGUCCCAGUCUUCUCUACUUUUUUUAUUCUUUAAUUUCUUUAAUGUGAGAUAUGAGAUGAUUGCUCUUGCUAAGCAAACCCAACCAGGCCAAAAAUAGUAUAGUUUGAUCAGUCUCCAUCAAGUUCAUAGAUUGGCAGUGGGAACCUAGCUAGCCUAAGGCUGCUAGUGAGGCGGGGACGACCGUAUGUCACUAGCAUAGUGUUAGUAUUGCUAGGAGACCUGUUUUUGUCAAAAGACCUAUCUCAUACAUUUACACAUCUUCUGUCGCAUUAUAUUCCACUAGUAGGAAAUAUCAUCUUAAUGCUUGAACUAUUAUAUGGGUAUUGAUAAUACAGUAUAUAAAUCUUUUACCAUGAUCAAAGACAUUAAUAAUCCAAGUGUUGAGAAUUAUUUCCAACUAUAAAUAUAUAUGAUAAAAUUGUUCUGUACUAUUUACCAUUUUAUUAUUUAAGAACCAUGUAAAUGGAGUCAAUAUAAAUUAUAUUGAUUAAGGUUCAUUUAAGAAUGAAACAUUUUGGUUAUUUUUGGUUCAGUUUACCUAUGCAAAAAGCGAUGACAUGCUAUUAACCUUAGAAGAGAAAGAAAUGGAUUUUAUAACACAUGUAAUUUUACCUCAUUGUCCUGAUUACCUCCUGCCAUAAAUGUUAAUCACUGUUAUAGAUAUUUCUUGCUUGCAUUAUGAGCAAUUGUUUUGGAGAAAUUAUUUGGAUGUUCUGGGAUAUUCCUUACUGUAUCACCAUAAUUAAUUUCCAUAAUCAAUUUCCAAUCAUUCAUAUAUGUAUUACUGUACUCUGGUAUCUAGCUGUGUUUCAUUUGUCACAUUAUCAAGCUCUAUUUGGAGUGGGGAUUCCUAGUGUGUUCUACAGUGUAUAAGUUUCUUACUCUUAGCUACAUUAACAUAAACCAGUUUUUUACCAUGAUGUAUUUUGCAGUAAACUAAUGUAAAGGGUCUCCUGCACCAGAGGCAAGUGAGCUAUGCUCCCCAUUUUGCACCCCCCGUCAUCUGUUUUCAUGUUUGUCUUCUUUAUGGAAACACAUUCUUUCAUUUUGACUUAUUAUUAUUUUUUUUAUUUUUUUUAUUUUUUUAUUUUUUAUUUUUUAUUUUUUAUUUUUUAUUUUUUUUGGGGGGGGACUUAGUUUUUUAACAAUGGCAUCCUGGCCAGCAAGUAGCUAUUAAUAAAGACCCCUUUACAAGUAGUAAAGGUAUUUUUCACAAUUUUUCUUCACAUCUAGGAAUUAUAGAACAAAGUUAACCCUAACUAGGCCUGGGGGAGUGGGGUGGGGUGGGGCUGUUUCCCACCAGCCCCUGCAGACAAAGUCUAGAGAGGGCAUUAAGCGUUGCACCUGUCUGUCUCUUCAUCCCCAAAUUGGUUUCUGAGCGAUAACUUGUUCAAUAUUUGACAGAUUCUAAUAAUUUUUGGUGUGUAGGUAGAUCACAAUAAAAGACAGGUCAAAUUUGAAUUCGGAGUCCACAGGUCACAAGUCAAAGGUCACAACUCAUAAAUUUUUAUGCAAAUUGGUUUCCGUGCGAUAACUUGAAAAAUAUUGCACGGGUUUUAAUGAUUUUGGGUGUAAAGGUAGGUGUCAAAUUCGAAUUUCGAGUCUGCAGGUCAAAGGUCACACUUCAUUAUAUGCAAAUUAGUCAAAAAUGUGUUUCCCCUCCAUAUAACUUCAGAAAUGUUUGAUGGAUUUUAAUUUGUUGGUAUGUCACUAGUUGAUUUAUUGGUUUUGUAAUACAUAAAUGUGCAUCUGAAUUUGAUUCAGUUUAAAAAAAAUGCAGGAUCGAGAAUGAAAUCAACAUCUCUUUUUCAGACCAAAAAACUAAUAAAUGCUUACUAUAUAACCACAUUAAGUGGGGGCAUCUGUUUCCUAUGGACACAACACACUUUUUCUAGUUUUAAUCUUGCACAUCGUUUCAGACCAUAUUUACUACGUCCAGGCAUGCAAUUAAGUUUCUCAUAAAUGUGAUUUCAUGCGUACUUUCAAUGCACAAUGUGUUUAGUUGAUACCAUGAUUUUUUUUUAAAGCACAUUUGCUAAGAAUACUAUAAAGAGUAUCGUGAACAAAAAUUAAUGUAUUUGGAGUGAUAUGUUGUGAUUUGGAGGCAGCAACUCUGAUUUCACGCAUAAAUUAGCAUAAUUUUUUUUAAUAAAAUGAUUUCUUUAAGAAGAAAAAAUUUAUAUACAUGUAGGGCCUACGAUUUUGUAGAUUAUACAAUGCAGGCAUCGUCCCUGCUAAUAUUAGUCUUGAUCGUUCGGUCGAUGGACGACAUCUCACGCGGGCCUCAGAAACCUCCCUCCCCUGCCAUAAGGCCAAAAUAGCCUGGCCUAAUUAGGGUCAACCAUGCUUGUACUGUGCUAUAUUGUUUGAAAAUAAAGUAGUUCGUCACAUGUGGUGGCCAAUGUUGGUCAAUAGAGGAAUUAAUAUAUAGGGGUUUAGAAAUCAAAUGGGACUUGUCUUACAGUUUAUUUGAAAUUACAUUUAAUUCCAACCAAACUUGUCAGGAAUUAAUUUAAGGGGUCAUUUUUAUUCCUUUUAGUAGUUGUCUCAGGGUGGGGCCGGAUUUGGAAAAACUGAACAAAUCAUUUCAACAUUUACUAAAAAUUAUUGAGCCAAAAGAGUGUCCAUGAGUGCCUUUGUAGUUGAAAAUAAAACUUAUUUUGAGAAAAUGAAGUUAGUCCCUAGCACAGACCCAGGUUUUGAAAUUAUGGUAUACAUAUAGAGAUUUAUAGACAUAUGAGGAAGAUUUUCCCCAAUAUUUUCCUUAUUAAAGUCCUUAUAUGCUUACAAAAGUUUAUCUACAAUUUCGUUUUUGGAAGGAGGUUUCUCAGUUUGUUCAUAAGGUAACAGAACUGGAAAGAAAUUAGUAUGUUGUGCUGCUACUCCCACUCCUUGAUUGAAUGUCUUUGGAGAAAUAGCAGUGAUUAUUAUUUUAUAUAAGAGUAAAGUUGUUUAUUAUUAAGAUUAGAUUCUUCUGGUCAGUUUCCCAAAGAUGUAGGUGUAUGCUCAGACGAGGAUCACCUAUUGGAUCUUUCCAUGUUUGCAUGAGGUUAUUUACUUUACCUUUCAGUGUUUAUUUAAAUGUUUUAUCUCUAAACAGAACUGGGGGUAACACAAUACAUGCAUAUUUCAUGUUCUGAAAUGCAAUAUUUCACCUAGUUUUCAAGGCAGAUCCCACCAUGUAUAAACAUGUUUAACUUUUUAAAUGAAUGCUUGAUGUGAUUUCCUGUGAAAAGAAAAAGAUGAUCAUGUUUGACAGUGUUCAUAAUUUGUUGAGUGUUUUCUGGUCUGUUAUUUUUUCAUAUUCAUUUCUUGAUUGAAAACAUACUUGCUGGACUGGGCAAUUGUGUUAUUAAAUGUUCAUAAAUCAUUAUUACAUUUA